AUGGGGCGUGGGGGAGCGGAUGCGGAGGCGGAGGUGGAGGAUGCCGGCUGGGAGAGCAGCAAGCCGACGCUGCUGCAGCGGUGGUCCUCGUCGGUGUGGGCCGUCAGCAGCAGCGGCCGUCUGAUGUGGGCGGGCAACGAGGCGUGGCGGGCGCACGUCGGGAUGGCCUUCGUCCAGGUCGCCUACGGCGGCUACCACGUCCUCACCAAGUCCGUCCUCAACGUCGGCAUGAACCAGAUCGUCUUCUGCGUCUACCGCGACCUCGUCGCGCUCGCGCUCCUCGCGCCCAUCGCCUUCCUGCGCGAGAGAAGCGUGCGCGCGCGGCGCCCGGUGACUCCUCGCCUCCUCGCGUCCUUUGCUCUUCUCGGAUUCACUGGGAUUUUCGGGAACCAGCUCCUCUUCCUCCUGGGCCUCAGCUACACCAACGCCUCCUACGCCGCGGCGUUCCAGCCGGCGAUACCGGUGUUCACGUUUCUCUUGGCCGCAAUCGUCGGCGUCGAGGUGAUCAACAUCUUCACGAAAGAUGGGGUUGUCAAAGUUCUUGGCACAGCCGUGUGCGUCUUUGGCGCCGUCCUGAUGGUCAUCUACCGAGGCCCGUCUUUGAUUGGGAUGGGAGGCGCCACUGCAGCCGAUGCAGCUUCCCUGGCCGGCACUUGGAGCAGCAAUGCCUAUUCUCCUCAGUGGUUGACUGCAGCCGUGCUCCGAAAUGGUAUGGAAGCAUGGAGUCUCGGGGUCGUCUGCCUCAUCGGAAACUGCUUCCUGAUGGGUGCUUACCUAGUCAUUCAGGCCCCGGUGCUGAUAAAAUAUCCUGCAAGCUUAUCCCUCACUGCUUACUCCUAUUCUUUUGCAACCUUGUUUAUGGUGGUUACUGGCGUAUUUGCUACCAAUGGGCUCCAUGAGUGGGCAGUGACAACAACCGAGGUCAUAGCCAUCGUAUAUGCUGGAAUUGUUGCGUCCUGUCUCAACUAUGCAAUCAUGACUUGGGCAAAUAAGAUUCUUGGGCCCUCUCUAGUUGCCCUGUAUAAUCCACUCCAACCAGCAUGCUCUACCUUGCUUUCAACUAUUUUUCUUGGAACCCCAAUUUAUGUUGGAAGUGUUAUUGGGGGACUCUUCAUCAUUGCUGGUCUUUACCUGGUUACUUGGGCUCGCUACAAUGAAGCUCAGAGAGUUCUGGGUGCCCGUUAUUUGCAACCUCUUCUUGUGGAGGGUCUACCAACCACCAAGGCAGAAGGGAGUUCCUUCAGGGGCUCCAUUGAUCCUUAG